CGUAGUCGCCUUCCUUCGAGAGCAUCAACCCUCGCCUGUCGCUACCGAUCGUCUUCCGCCUCAAGCCUCGACUCAGAGAAAGAUAAAGGAGGGCUGGCAGGAGGAGGAGGAAGCCUAUCACACUUUAAUUGCAGAAGGAGGCCAACCGACUCAUCCUGUGACAUUCGGCUACGAUGUGAUUGAUAACCCCGACAAGUACGAGCAGUACAGCAACAUCCUUUAG